AUGAAGAAUGAAAGAUACAUUGGUCAAGAGAUUGCAGAUCAUCAUAUAACCAAGCUAAUGAUCGAAACUGGUAUCGAUAAAUUUUUAGCAUAA